GCGAAGGAGGGGGCGAAGGAGGAGCCGGAGCAGCUGCUGCUAGCCCGCGGGCACCGGAGUCCUGCCCGCUGCUGCAGGAGUAGCCACGGGCGCGAUCGGGGCCAGACGUCUCCUCCUCCAUGAUCACUUUGGGAGCCGGGGGAAGACUUUGCCCGGCCUUGCGAGCUGGUCUGCGUUUCCCAGGCGCGGCGGCGGCGGCAGCGGCGGCGGAGCAGCAGCAGCCGGGUCCGGUUCGGAGUGUCCACAGCCCGGGACGUGUGCGCCCCGCGCGGAGCGGGCUCGGGCUCCCCGCGGAAUGUCCCCCGGGCGCCCAGCGCGCUGACCCCCCGGCCGCCUCCGCCUUCGGCGCCUGCUGCCUCUCUCGGGCCGGCUGGGCGUUUGGGACUGCUAGCACCUGGGCUUCUGGGCAGUGGGGAAGCCCCCGGGGGUGGGUGACCUCAGCUGGCCAAGACCCAGCACUCCCCCGUGCGUAUCUCGCUUAAGAUGGCAGCGGAGUCAGGGGAACUAAUCGGGGCUUGCGAGUUCAUGAAAGAUCGGUUAUAUUUUGCUACUUUAAGGAAUAGACCAAAAAGCACAGUAAAUACCCACUAUUUCUCCAUCGAUGAGGAGCUGGUCUAUGAAAAUUUCUAUGCAGAUUUUGGACCUCUGAACUUGGCAAUGGUGUAUAGAUACUGCUGUAAACUAAACAAGAAACUAAAAUCAUACAGUUUAUCAAGAAAGAAAAUAGUACACUACACCUGUUUCGAUCAACGGAAAAGAGCAAAUGCAGCGUUUUUGAUAGGUGCUUAUGCUGUAAUCUAUUUAAAGAAGACUCCAGAAGAAGCCUACAGACUGCUCCUGUCUGGCUCAAAUCCCCCCUACCUUCCAUUCAGGGAUGCUUCCUUUGGAAAUUGCACUUACAAUCUCACCAUCCUCGACUGUUUGCAGGGAAUCAGAAAGGGGUUACAACAUGGAUUUUUUGACUUUGAGACAUUUGAUGUGGAUGAAUAUGAACAUUACGAGCGAGUUGAAAAUGGUGACUUCAACUGGAUUGUUCCAGGAAAAUUUUUAGCAUUUAGUGGACCACAUCCAAAAAGCAAAAUUGAAAAUGGCUACCCUCUUCACGCCCCUGAAGCCUACUUUCCGUAUUUCAAAAAGCAUAAUGUGACUGCGGUCGUGAGGCUGAAUAAGAAGAUUUACGAGGCAAAGCGCUUCACGGAUGCUGGCUUCGAGCACUAUGACCUCUUCUUCAUAGACGGCAGCACGCCGAGCGAUAACAUCGUGCGGCGGUUCCUGAACAUCUGUGAAAACACGGACGGCGCCAUCGCGGUCCACUGCAAAGCUGGUCUUGGAAGAACAGGGACACUGAUUGCUUGUUAUGUAAUGAAGCACUACAGGUUUACACAUGCUGAAAUCAUUGCUUGGAUCAGAAUAUGCCGGCCAGGCUCCAUUAUAGGACCCCAGCAGCACUUCCUGGAAGAAAAACAAGCAUCAUUGUGGGUCCAAGGAGACAUUUUCCGAUCAAAACUGAAAAAUAGACCAUCCAGUGAAGGAAGUAUUAAUAAAAUUCUUUCUAGCUUGGAUGACAUGUCUAUUAGUGGAAACUUAUCUAAAAUACAAAACAUGGAGAGAUUUGGAGAGAAUAAUCUAGAAGAGGAUGAAGAUGUGGAAAUGAAGAAUGGCAUAACCCAGGGAGACAAACUACGUGCCUUAAAAAGUCAGAGACAGCCACGCUCCUCACCGUCCUGUGCAUUUAGGUUGGAUGAUAUAAAAGGACAGCCAAGAUCAGCAUCACAGCCUUUCAGAUUGAGUUCUUCCUCACAAGGAUCUGCGUCUUCUUUGAAAACCUCAAAAGGAGUUUUGUCCCCUUCAGUGACGGCCAAGAGGAUAAACAGAGGUCCUUUGUCCUCAGGAGUGGGCGUAAGAAGCUUUUCCAUAAACUCCCGGCUAGCCAGUUCUCUAGGGAACUUGAAUGCUGCAACAGAUGACCCAGAGAACAAAAAGACCUCACCAUCCCCUAAGCCGGGUUUCAUAGCCAACCCAUUCACCAACCUCUUGAAUGGCAGUGGCCAGCUGACUGCCAGAAAUUACCCUGAGCUCAACAACAACCAGUACAACAGAAGCAGCAGCAGCAGUGGGAGCAACCUGAACAGCCACCCCAGUCCCCAUGGCGCCAAGACAGAGGAACGUGGCACCAUUCUCCGACCCUCCUACACCGGGCUUUCUUCCUCUUCAGCGAGAUUCCUGAGCCGCUCAAUCCCUGUAAGUUCGCAGACACCACCUCUUGGUCCUCAGAACCCUGAACUCAACUUUUGUGCCUUGCCUUCCCAGCCAAGGCUGCCACCAAAGAAAUUCAAUAGCGCCAAGGAAGCCUUCUGAUCGAUGCCGUCCCUCUGUGUUGUAAAACUGUCUUAGCGCACACAUUCUGCUGGCUCCUCUUCAAGUAAAGGCCAAGUUUCAACUGGUUUUCUUCCUUCCUUCUCUUUCUUUCUUCCUCCCUCCUUUUUAAAUGGUUUUUCUUACAGCAGAAACAGCGUCUGUUCCCUUCAUCAUGGACACUGUUGACUUAAGUUCCUUUUCAGUUAAGUUUUCCAACUGCUCUGACUAUCUGGUACAAAGCCAGCAGCUGACUCAUGUGAUAUACAGUAUUUGGCUUGGUUGUGGUGGUAAUAGGAAUUAGGGCUUUUUCCACAUCAUAUAUUAAAGACUGAGUUUUGGGGUAUUUAAGCAUAGACUGUACUGAACAGUAUCUUCCCAGAACCAAGCCGUGAAUAUUUCACGUCCUGCAGGGAACUGACCCCGAGUCGAUAAAGUAGCAAAUGGAAUGUAUUUAUAAGGAAAAUGUAUAGAUAGGCACAUGGAAUAUAGGGGGAGGGGGAGGCAGAGUAUCAGGAAGAUGUUUAGAAUUAGCUAUCACUCUUCUAGAGACAGGUAGGAAGAUCUCCAAUGCAUUUUACGAGUGAGUGCUUUAUUUAAGUUACCAAGCUCCCUUUUUAAUUAUCAAUAAUCCCUGUUAAAGUCUAUGGGUUCAUCCCCUCCUAUGAACUACUUUAAUCACAUAUUUCAAUUGCCUUAAAGGGAACUGGGACCUGUUGGAACAUGUUUUGAUUUGAGAAGAAAAAGCCAAAAUGGGAAGGAGAGAAAAAUAGACCCUACAUAUCAUACCAAGAAAAUAUGGUUGAAACACUGUACUUAUGGCUCCAGCAAGCCCUGGGAGUGUCUUAAGAAAACUGUGGUCUGGCAGCCCUCCAUACCCACUGUUCUUUAAGCAUUUCCUCAGCCAUUAUCCACAGUGAGGAUAAAGAUCUCCACCUGGAAGAAGAGGGGAGAAGGGAAAGGGCUGGUGGUGGCACUCAUUGUGCUGCUUAUGGCUCACUCAGCAAGACAAUAAACCCCCAAAACCAAACUUGUUGCCUUUGAGUUGAUCCUGACUCAUGGCAUCCCCAUAUGUUACAGCAUAGAGCUGAGCUCUAUAUGAUUUUCUUGGCUGUAAUCUUUAUGGAAGUAGAUUGCCAGGCCUUUCUUUGAGGCACCACCGGGUGGGCUCGAACUGCCAACAGUUUGAUUAAUAAGCGAAUCGAAGUAGUUUGCACCACCCAGGGCAAAACAGUAGCCCUGUGCUAACAGUGAAUGGUGCCCAGUUUUCUUAGACAGCAGUUUAGAAACCACUUUUUUAAUGUGAGGAUAUAGGGUGUGUGUGUAUCUACUGGACUCCUUACCAGUCCCACCCCUACCCAGGCCUCUUUUCAAAGUUUUUUUUUCCCUCCAUCCACAUAGUCCUUUCCCUAAGAGGCAUUCUGGCACAUAGAAUUUUCUUUGUCUGGUUUCAUUGCCAUUUUUAAAAAAAUUGUGGUAAAAAUGUAUCUACCGAAAUAUUUGCCAGUUCAACAUUUUUUACGUGUUCAAUUCAGUAACGUUGGUUACGUUCAUUGUGUUGUGCAACUACCACCGCUAUCCACUUCUAAACUUUUCCAUGACCGUUAACAUCAAUGAUGUUUUUCAGCAUCUUCUUAGAUACCUUUAUAGAUUGGGGCCUCAGGGUACUGCCACCCUGUCCCACCCUUUAGUCUGACUCUAAUCCCACUAAGUAGAUUGGGUACAUGUGUAUCUUAAAACUUGUAUCUAUGUAACAGGGGUUAGAUGAAAAACAAUAAUGGACUUAAAUUUUUAUACCGAUGUUUACAAGUCCUUCGCAGCAGGAAUUGAUUCAGUCAAUACUUUCACACACUGGUUGUCACGAACACUGUGCCUCUCGGAUCAGCUUUUUUUUAGACAGUACAGAUCUUUCUGGUUUUAGUAAAAGCGUCAUACAUGUAAAUAUACAAAUAAUUAUGUAAAUAUCUUGUGGAUUUCAUGGCCAAAGGUUUUGCGUGAUCCACGUUUAUGGCUGAAUGCUGGGAGGAUUGGUAGCUUGACAGGAACACGACAUGGUUUGACUUUCAGGGUCUUCGUUUUCUUCUCUGUUAGUGAAAGCACAGGAGUGUUCUUUAAACGAUUGUUCAUUUCCCCGCUGGUGAUUUUUAUGUAACUUAAUUUUGGUUUCGUUCCAUAUUUUGUUCUUUCUUCUCACCUUUCCCCCCUUUCCUUCUCCUCCUCACCCUUCUUCUGGCUGGAAUAGAGUAAUUUUCCAAUAAUUAAAUUUAAAGUAAUAGUCUGUGUGGGCAGCUUCUACUACCCCCCUCUUCUGCCUCCUAAAUGUGUCAUCUUAUUGUAAAGAAAAGCAUUUAUAAAUAGAGUUGCCAGCAUGACAACAUUUUCCUCCCUCGCACCCUCCCAGGAAGGAAGAGUAGCAGGUCUCUAUAGCAGACCUUCCCUCCUUUCUCUUUUCCGAGAAAAGCCCCUGUGAGGGAAAGGCUCCAAGCCCUCACCCUGCUGGCUUGGCUGGCAGACAGUCUAAAUUACAAUGGAAAUUCCCAUUUUAUGUGGCGUGAAGUAAGAGGUUGUGAGAUUUCUUUUUCUUUAUUGGUGUAGUACAGCUUUUCUGAUUGCUGGAGGUUUAUUGUCUAAAUAAGAUCACCCGUCUUUCCAGUGCCUCCGAAAAUGUCAGACAUAGGACCCUUGAAGAGCUAGGACUAAAUUACUGGGCAAAAUGUUUUUUAAAUCUGUAGCUAGGAAAUGAAGUCAGCGUGGCAAUAUUCUCUCAGCACUUUUAAGAAAGACCCAGAAACUCUUAGGGGAUAGAGGUGGCGGGUGUUUAGAGGGAGUCUAAUAUUUUAAAAGCUACAAUUAACAUCUCUUUUGAAAGCUGCAAUUGCUUGCUCACUUUAUGCAGCAGUUCAGCCCCCAGAAAAAUGUAAAAAUGAUUUCCUUGUUCUGUCAUUAAAUGCUUUAACACAGAAAACAAGACCAAAUGUUAAGAAAUCCUUAUGGUUGUGACAGAAUGGUGAGAAACAGAUUUUAUUUUUAUUUAUUUGGCCUCUUCUGUUAGUCUUGAGGUUUUGAAGGCUCAAUGCAAUGCACAGGACUUCGCUUCCGUUGACCCACUUACUGUAAAAAAUCAGUUUCACUCCCUGAAACUCAGAGGAGUUUUCCAGCGCUUAAGAAAUGAGGGAUAUGUGAUUAUGAUGUAGGUGGGGUGGAAGUAUUUUAUUAAACUGAAAUUACUUGAGGUAUCUGUCUUGAAUUUUUGCUAUGUUUUAUUUUUAAGGCACUUAUCACCUGCUAUUCAUAGACAUUGUCCUUACCUGACUCCCAAAAGCCUGCCUUAGGUCGUGGUGCUUUGCCCAUAAGCUGUUCAACAUCUUGCCUUGGUCUUAAUCGCAAUACUCUUCUCCCUCUGAAUUUUAACCAUGUGUUCUCCUGUGUCCUCCAUUAGAUUGUGAGUUCUGUGAGGGCAGGAACUGUACCUUGUUCUUCCUAGUUGUAUGCCUAGUUGUAUGGCAUGUAGUAGGCACUCUUUAAAUAGUUGUUGGAUGGAUGGAUGUGUGCUUAAAUGAUAAAUGUGGUCAGAAUUAUUACGUCCAUCUUAAAGAUAAAAAAUUUGAGGGUCUGAGAGAUUAAAUAUUUUUUUUCAAGAUUGUACUGCAAACAGAUAGCAGUACCAUAAUUUGAAUGUAGGUCAGUUUAACUCCAAAAGACAUACUGUUUUAAAUACGUUAUGUCCUGUACAUACUGUGGCACAGUGGUUAAGAGCUGUGGCUGCUAACCAGAAGGACAGCAGUUUGAAUCUACCAUCUGCUUCUUGGAAACCCUAUGGGGCAGUUCUACUCUGUCCUCUAGGGUCACCAUGAGUCGGAAUCGACUCGACAGCAACAAAUUUGGUUUUUUGUUUUUGUUAUGCCAAAGAUACCUCAUUUUGCCCAGAAGGAUCAGGGAAAGCUAUGCUGAAGGGGUAGCAUUUUAGUUGGGCUUUGGAGGAUAAAUGGAAGCCUGCCAGGAAUCUAGUGAUGGAAGUAGAAAGGGGAGGAAUGGCCAUUCCAGGCAGUGAGAACAGUAAGAACAGAGGUACAGCCUUGGUAGUACUAUGUAUAGGUAAAUUCUUGGGUUCUAAAGUCAAGUAGACCUGAGCUUAAGUCCUAGCUCUGUCACUUCCUAAUGAUGAGUACUUGGGCAAGUUACUUAAUCUCUGUGAGCCUCAGUUUCCUUUAAAAUGGGAGGCAUCCUGAUCAGGAGCAGAUCAAGGUUUUGUGCAUCUUGAAACUUAUACACUCAGUGGUACCUGUUUAAGAUGAAGACUCCCUGGGUGGUGCACACGGUUACGUGCUUGACUACUAGCCACAAGGCUGGCAGUUCAAACCCACCCAGAGGGGCCUCGGAAGACAGGCCUGGUGAUCUGCUUUUGAAAGGUCACAGCCCUGAAAACCCUAGGGAGCAGUUUUACUUUGCACAGAUGGGAUUGUCAUGAGUUGGGGUAGAGUCGGUGGCAACUAACAAUGACAACAUUUAAGAUAAAAAAUAUUUUCUUUUUUGUAAAAUUUAUGCAAACAUAUGACUGUGUGUUUUGAAAGGGGUUUGUGUGGAUGUGGGGCCUUGAAGCUUAUGUGGUAUUAAUAAAGGGUGGUUAUGAUGAAGGAACUGUGGUGGCACAGUGGUUAAGUGCUCUGCUGCUAAAUGAAAGGUCAGCAGUUGAAACCCAUGAGCCAGCUCUGCAGGAGAAAGAUGUGGCAGUCUGCCUCUGUAAAGAUUUAUAGCCUCGGAAACCUUUUGGGAUAGUUCUCUGUUCUAUAAGGUCACCCUGAAUUGGAAUUGACUUGAUGGCAAUGGAUUUGGUUAUAAUGAUUAAGAUAAAUUAUAUGCAGUAUUUUGCACAGUGCUUGGAAUAUAUCUAGUACACAAUAAUUGUUGGCUGUUGGCAUAGUGGUUAAGAGCUUGGCUGCUAACCAAAAGGCCGGCAGUUCAAAUCUACCAGUCAGUCACUCCUUGGAAACCUUUUGGGGCAGUUCUACUCUGUCCCAAAGGGUCACUAUAAGUCAGAGUCAACUUGAUGGCAAUGGGUUUUGGUUUAUUACUGUUUUAAGAGCAGUGAAUAUUCUGGUAUAGCUAAAGAAUGGGGGAUUACCUGAAGAUGAAGCUGGGAAGUUAAGCUGAAGCCACACUGGGGAAGUGCAGUGUGAGCUGUGAGAGUCCUGUAAGCAGGAGUGACUUGAUGUGAGCUGAUUUGAUGAAGAUUAUUCCAGCCGUGGUGUGAAUGAUAGCUGUUGGAGGAAAACCCUCAGGGCAGGUAGACUAGUUUGAGCCCUGUCUCCUGUCCCUAGCCCCUACCUCAGGAGGUCCCCUUGGGUCAAUGCUGUGCUCAUUCAAGGAUUAUUCUGUGUUUCAGUGCACGUAUUAGUAUUGAUACUAUUAGACAGUCACCCACGGUCAAUAGCUCCAACGUAUUUUUAUUAUGAAUAUUAAAUGGAUAUAUUUAUUUUAGUAAAUUAAAACCUGACCACCCAAAGAAAAAUUAUGGUCCUUAGUAAACAUCUUUUUAAAACAUUUGAGAUGACAAGUUGUAAAACAUUGUGCUUUGUUGUAGUGUGUGUGUGUAUACACGUAACCAACAAAUUGCUGUUGUGUUGAUUCCGGCUUGCGGUGACCCCAUGUGGGUCAGAGAAGAACUGUGCUCCAUAGGGUUUUCAAUAGCUUUUUUAUUUUUUGGAAGCAGAUCACUGGACAUUUCUUUCGAAGUGCCUCUGGGUGGGUUCCAAGUUCCAACCUUUUGGUUGGAAGAGCACAUUAACUGUUUGCCCUACCCGGGGACUCCUGUGUGGGUAGUCAGCUGUUUGGUUACAAAGAAUUUUUUGUAAGUUUUGUGUUGGAGGUCAUAUAAAUCCAUAAAUCUUUGCUUUAUGGGAGCAGGCUUUGAGAAUCAGCUUUUAUUGUAUUGACCUAAAAAAAAAAAAAGGGUAUAAAAUAUAGUAAUGAUAAGCUUUGCUGUUAAAAGUUUCUUCUGAAAUACGCUUUGUAUAUCACCUAUGAAAAUAUUUUUCAUGGUUUUUAUUAAGUAGUAGUAUAUAUUAAGCUUUGUUAUUCCUAUAUGUUAAUCUGCAAACAUUUACAGGUAUAGUCUCAUGAUGAAGGUUGUAGGUUAUGCGUUCAUUGUCUCUUGGACUUUUUCUAUUCUCUAUUCUGCUGCUUCCUCAUUCCUUUUGUUGUAUUCACCUCUUGAUAAUCUUUCUAACUCAGUCUCUUCCCACCUUUAAUUCGUGCUUAAAGUAGGGACAGGAAACUUUUUUUGUAAAGGGCCAGAUAUAAAAUAUCUUUGGCUUUCUGUCCCAACUAUUCUACUCAGUAUGUAGACGAACGAGUGUGGCUGUGUUGUAAUAAAACUACUUCAGAAGCUGUUUUAUCCAUAAAGUGGAUGUUCUUCUCUCUUGGGCAUAACACUGUAAGCUCCUCAGCCUUCUGCAAUAUUGGUGAGGUCAUCCUUCACAGCCAUAAGCAGAUACUUCAGCAUACUCACGUGUAGCCUACAAACAUGCACAUCCAAAUUGGCAGGGGGGAGUGGGCAUGGGGAAGAGUCUUCUCUAAGUCACAUGUACCUCGCACAAUUUCUCCUUUAUGGCCAAACUUGGUGAAGAGAGCCUAUAUUUGCCACCUCCCUUAGCUGCCAGGUGCUCCUCUGCCCUCAUUAGCUAAGAGCCCCUCCACCCCAGUGAGUCUCUGCCACAGGUCGCUACUGAUACCUUUAAGACCAGAUCUGAUGGUCUAUUGUUAGUUCUCAUUCUUCUUAGUCUUUCUGUAGCUUUGACACUAUUGACCACCUCCUUUUCCUAUAAUUUUUCUUCUCCUUUGAUUUCUGGAAUAUUGUUUUCUCCUUUUUUAUUCCCUUAAAUAUUUUCUACUAAUUUGUUUUCCUCUGCUUGUCUCUUAAAUACUGGUUUUCCCCAAGGCUCUGCCCUUGGCUCUGCUGUAUCCCUGGAUCAUCUUCUGAGCGUUGGACCUAUAUGUCCAACUUCCUGUGAGCAGUACCUGGAGAGAGUAUGUAUUCCUUGAACUGCCUGCUCCUCAUUUUGUUUCGUACCUCAAUAAUUACAUCUUUAUUCGUCCAGCCGUCCAACCUAGAAAUUUGGAAUCAUCUUUGAUGCUACUACUACCUUUUCUCCUGCCACAUCCAGCCACUAAGUCUAAUCAGUUCUCACUCUGAAAUAUCUAUUUCCUGCCCCUCCAUUUUCAACACUGCUGCCUUAGUUGAGGUGUCCUCAUGGACUAUUGUAAUAGUCCUUUAAAUUUCCUUCCUGCCUUAAGUUUAUCUUGCCUUUAAUUUCUGCUGUAUGCUACUGCCAGUGUUAAAUUUCUAAGACCAAACCAAAAAAAAAAAACUUGUUGCCAUGGAGCCAGUUACCACUGAUGGCAACCCUAUGUGUGUCAUAGUAAACCUGUGCUCCAUAGGGUUUUCAAUAGCAGAUUUUUUGGAAGUAGAUUGCCCGGCCUUCCUUCCCAGGUGUCUCUGGGUGAACUUAAUCCGCAGUAACCAACCAGUUGCCACGGAGUCGAUUUUGACUCAUGGAGACUCCAGGUUGUCAGAGUAGAACUGCUCCAUAGGGUUUUUAAUGGCUAUGAUCUUUUGGAAGAAGAUUGCCAGGCCUUUCUUCCAAAGUGCCUCUGGGUGGACUUGAACCACCAGCCUCUUGAAUAGUAGCUGAGUGCUUAACCAUUUGUACCACCGAGGUAUUCUUUAUAGCAUAUAUGUGUGUGUGUAGUAUGGCCAAUACCUAAUAAUAUUUAUUGAACUAAAAGUUGGGUAAUGUAUCUAGGUUCAUGAAUGUUAAGUAAAGAGCUAAAGUGCAUAGGAACCCACAUAUCAUUGUUAGCGUAUGAAGCACAAACAAAAAACAAAGCAAAUUUUCAGCUUUAGCAUUAAUGUGCAGUAAUCUGGGAGUUGUUGGUUUUUUUUUUUUAAGAAAUGUUACUUUACUAAAAUAAGAGAAAAUAAAUUCUAAUUGACUUAUAUCAAUAUAAUUUUGGUAUUCAGAGGAUCUGAAAACACUCAUGUAACGAUUGGCUGAGUCAAGUUGGGUGUCAACAAUCUGUCAUCUUAUAAUUGAGCUCUUUGUGAUUAUUGAAAAGCACAGAUUAAAUGCCUCCAGAAAAAAAAAGAAUCUAUUAAAAAUCAUGUAGGAAGGUGACAGAAUAUUUUAUAUAGAAUUUUAAUUAACCAGAAUUGGCUCGUUAAAUCUGGUUGUUAGGUGCGAUUGAGUUGGUUCCAAUUCAUAGUGACCCUCUGUACAACAGGAUGACAUGCUGCCUGGUCCUGCACCAUACUCACAAUUGUUACUAUGUUUGAGCCCAUUGUUGCAGCCAAUGUGUCAGCCAUCUCGUUGAGGGUCUUCCUCUUUUUCACUAGCCUCUACCAAGCAUGACGUCCUUCCAAAUCUUUGGGUCCAUGAAAUACUUAGAGAACACUAUAGAAAAAUAUAUACACCCCCUUUGAAGAUGAUUUUAUCACAAAACUUUAGCCUUCUGUGUUAAUAUAAUGCCAAUAAAACCUUAUUCAUCUAUGAUUCUUCUAGCAUUGUUGGAGAAAUAGAUAUUGUAUCAGCAGAAGCAAAUCUUUUCAGUAUUUGGAAGCCACGUUUGUGGAAAUAUGUAUCAACACACGUAUUUUCUGUGUUAACUUCCAAGCAAUACAAAAUCUAACAAACUCCAUUGCAAAGCUAUAAAGAGACCCAGAAGUACAGAGGCAGUUGUAGAUAAAUUUAUUUUUCCCCAGUGCUGUAUAUGGGUGUUAAAACUAAAACACUGAAAAACCCAACCCAGUGCCAUCGAGUCAAUUCUGACUCAUAGCGACCCUAUAGGACAGAGUAGAACUGCCCCAUAGAGUUUCCAAGGAGCGCCUGGUGGAUUUGAACUGCCGACCCUUUGGUUAGCAGCCGUAACACUUAACCACUGUGCCACCAGGGUUUCCAGAACAUUGAAGAGUUAUAUAUAAAAUAUGAUAGCAUAUUUCCAAACAUGUAUUUUUUUCCUUUUCGUCUGUGCUGUAAAAGCAAACCAAUUUUUCAGGUGAUUUUUGUCUUUGGUGAUGUAGUGGUUAAGAGCUCAGCUGCUAACCAAAAGGUCACCAGUUCCAAUCCACCAGCCACUCCCUGGAGACCCUAUGGGGCAGGUCUACUCUGUCCUAUAGGGUCACUGUGGGUCGGAAUUGACUCGAUGACAGUGGGUCUGGUUUGGGUUUUGUCUCUGGAGUUGAAACUCAGUCCAGAGAUACCUUAGUACAAUUCUGUGUUUAAGUUAUUUUGGUUUCUUUUUUUUCCCCCUAAAGUGGAAAAUGUAAAAAAGAAAAAGUCAGUAUGCCAAAAGCCCAUCCACAUUUUGAGUCAGGAUUUUGACCUAGUAGGACAUUAAUAUUCCAGGCCAUCAGGUCUUUUGGCUCAAGUUACUUGAACGCUAAGACAUUUGUUUUGUUCAGUUCUGGCAAAAAAUCUUUAUCUUUCAUUAUUUUUUUGUAAUUUGCCAUUUUUAUUAGUCAACUUCUAGUUUUGUUUACUAAUCAUCUGAACAGUAUUUGUAUCUACAAUUAUUAGACAUUUUUCUGCUAUGAUUAGGUAACUGGGCUGUUUAAAAAAGAAACACCUCCAGAAUAGCUAAAAUUUUAAAGUCACUACCCACAUCUGCCAAAACAGAUUUUUAGCAAGUUUCCAGAACAGUACAAAUUGUCUUGAUCUCCUUACCUAACACUUUGUUUUAUGUCAAAUCUAACUGCUCUCAGGAAAUAAGGCUUUUUGAUAGAAUCUUAUAUUUUGACAGAAAAAUUGGGGGGGGCUGCAAGUAUAAGGCAAUUUUAUACUUAUUUUCCAGUUUGAAUAUUGCUGCAUUAUUAGUUUCAUGGUAUUCAUAUCAGAAUAGUACCAUAUAUUCAUAAUAAACUUGAUCCACUCUUAACACUAUUACCCUGUUGAACUUGUUGGUCAAAUGAAAAUGAAUAGUCUAUUUGAGAGAUUAAAAUUUCUUGGUUAUGUAGGCAGCUGCUACCUUGUAAAAUAAUAUCGACAUUCUAGAUCUCACUUCAUAAUCAUAGCCAUUGUCAUUGCAGUUAUUUUUUUGUAAUUCAGGUGUAUUAAGUAUUCAUUCAUUAUAAUAACUUGGACAAAAAUCACUGGCCGAGCAAGGUUAAAAUUUUAAUUAAUUGGGAUAUUUAAAUAUGAGUGGUGUUCUAAAGAAAAUUUCUCUUUAAACUAUUUCUGAAAAUUCUUUUUGAUCCCUAUUGAAAAUCCUUUUAAAAUGUACUCUCCUUUACAGUCAUAAAUAUUAUAUUCUUGCUAUAAUUUACUAUUUCUUUGCUCACUCAGGUCAUUAUUUGUUUUGUCAGGGUGAAAGAGGAUAUUGGAUUAAAUAUGCUUAGUGGCUUAGCAUUUGAGCUUUAGUUGUUGUUGUGUGCUGUUAAGUCGAUUCCAACUCAUUUAACAACCCUAUAGGACAGAGCAGAAUUGCCCCAGAGGGUUUCUAAGGAACUGCUGGUGGAUUCAAACUGCCAGACUUUUGGUUAGCUGCCUGAGCUCUUAACCACUGUGCCACUAGGACUCCAUGGGCUUUAGAGCCAGAUUAAAUGGGAAACCAAAACCACUGUCAUUGACUCAAUUCUGACUCAGCAAUCUUUUAGGACAGAGUAGAACUGCCCCAUAGCGUCUCCAAGGAGCAGCUGGUGGAUUCAAACCACCGACCUUUUGGUUAGCAGCCGAUCUCUUAACCACCGUGCCACCAGGGCUCCAGCAGUAGAAGGCACUCGUAAAUGUCCAUCUCAGAAUAAUUGACCUGCAAAUUAAAUAUCUAGAUUAUUAAGACUACCAGGUAGUUGUACUUCAAUUGGUCUAUUUCUCUGUAUAAUAUCAAAGACAGCAAUAAUAAUAUUGUUUAUAUAGUACAAAAUACAUUUUGGCUUUCACUUUAUAGUAAAAAUAUAUUUUUCCCCUUUAAAAUAGUAAAAAUAUAUUUUAUAAACAAUAUAUUUUAUAAAAAUGUAUUACUUAAAAUCUAUUUUAUUAAAAAUUAUAAAUUUAUAAAUAUAGUAAAAAUUUUAAAAAUGCUGAUAACUGGCUGUUGUCUUUUCUAGAAUGUUAGUAACUUCAGGAUACACAAAACCAAAAAACCAAACCCACUGCUGUCAAGUCGAUUCCGACUCAUAGCGACCCUAUGGAACAGAGUAGAACUGCACCAUAGAGUUUCCAAGGAGCGCCUGGUGGAUUCGAACUGCUGACCUCUUGGUUAGCAGCCGUAGCACUUUAACCACUACGCCACCAGGGUUUCCUUAGGAUACACAAGCAUUUGGAAAUAUUUUACAUUGCUGGUAGUCCUGCCUAAGACUGCAAAAAGAUCAUGAAGUUAUACAUUUUUAUGAUGUAUAUUAGGUGAAACUAGGGACUAAGGUGGUUUAUCUAUCUUUCUUCUAAGAUUUCAAGUGGAGGGUAGUGUUUUGUCUCUAGGUUUCCUCCACUGUGGCCAAGUACAAAGGAACCAGAGAGACCCUCAACACCACCCCAUUGUGUUAGCACGUGGUGCUUGUAACCUAAAUAUUAGAGUCAUCCCAGUGAAGAGGCCUGGAAAUGUUUGAUUUUUCGAAGAGAGUAGCUCUUGUAGACUAACAAUUCUCUCUUCUCUUAAACCCACCUACAUUGAGAUUUUUUUAUUGAAAAUAAAAGGAAGUUAAUUUGUUACAAAAUACUGGUGUCAGAAUAAUUUGAUGAACCCUUAUCUGCUUUAACUUUCUUUUUGCCAUAUAAAGAAACCAUGGAAUAUAUUUUGUUCCAAGAACUCUGGUAUUAUAUUUUUUAUCCUUCAGUGCCUAUUAUAUAUAACUGAUGCCCAGUAAUUGUUGAGUGAAUUAACUAGCAUGACGGAAGGUCCAUUCUUUGGCCAAUCAUGCCUUUACUUGUUUGCAGAGGCCACUUAGGCAACUUGAGGGAUUUGGGUAGGUGGAGAAGGAAGUAGUACGGCUUGUGAUGCACUGUAUCUGAAGGCUAGAUUAAGCACGAUCCAUAGUUUGUGACAUCUGCUAUGUGAAAGGAAAGGCUUCUGACUGAAGACUGUGAAUAUUUACUCCACAUAAAUGAUAGAAAUUCUUAAAAGUUAUUCUCGACUAUUUCUGUUUUCCAGUUCAGUGGCUACUGUGAUUCUAUAAAAUAAAUAUAAAUACACACACGCACACAUACUCAUUUACCCCCCUAUACGUCGAAGCAGACAUUAAUACUUUACUUUGAAAGAAAGCUCGUCCACAAAGAUCACUUGCCUAGUGUCCAUUUGUGGUAUUUCUGUUUACUGAACAUUGAUGGACCUUUAGAGGUGCUUGCAAAAGCAGCUUUGUUCCAAAUUUAUAAACAGUCUAUUUUAGAUGCUUUCUAAUUCCUAUCCAUGAUAACAUGAACAAGUUUUCUAAGUGGAACAGAAGAAAAGCUAACUAUUCCCAAGAAAACACUGGAUGACAUAUAGCACAUAUGUGUAUUCUUGCAGCUGAGGAAACUUAACCUGGCUGUCCUCUGACUACUUGCUAGAUUUCAGAAGAAAUGAAGGAAAAGCAGCUAGAAAAAGAGUAGUUCAUAUUUGUGCUUUAAUGGUUAGUAGGGACCCCUGGUGGCGCAGCGGUUAAAGCACUCAGCUGCUAGCCAAAAGGCUAGCAGCUUAUACCGACCAGCUAUUCAGUGGGAGAAAGAUGUGACAGUAAAGGUCUGCUUCUGUAAAGAUUAGAGCCUUGGAAACCCUAUGGGGCAGUUCCACUCUGUCCUAUAAGGUCUCUAUGAGUCGGAGUCUACUCGAUGGCAACGGGUUUGGGUUUAAUGGCUAGUAUGAUUAGUAUAGCAAUUGGUAUAGUGUCCCAUAAGUUAAAGUUAUAUGGGCUUCAAAGCCCUUGACCAGUUUCACUGAACUUUCUCCUAAGACAGAAAAUUCUAGUCUUAUCUCUUUUAUUCCCUUUGUGGUUUCGGGCUUGUUUAUAUUAUAAUAUCCUAAUUCUUGAUCAUCACAAUCCUGUUUUGAAACCUUAGCAUAAAACAUUCGGUAGCAAGAAAGCCAAUUUGCCUAGCCUUUUCUGUUUUUCUUAACAGCUCUUGACAUUUAACGUCUUUCUUGAAACUUACAGUCUUGAGAACUCCCUCCUUUCCAUAUCAUCCCUUGCGUAAUCCUUUGCUUGUGCACAAUGUUAAUUUUACUUUAUGUAUGCUUUUAUUUAAUGCUGGUUCCUCUGUCUUUUCAUUUUAUAUCUAUUACGACAAGAUGGUCUGUUUCAGCUUUUAAGCCCUUUGAGGGUGGGGACAUUUUGACUCGCUGUGCUGAUGGGUACUUACUUAGUAAAUGGCCAUUGGUAGGGUAUAAGGUUCACUGGGAUUUUGAAGCUGAACGAAGAUAGUUUGAAUCAUUUUUAAGUUCUUUGGAAAACAGUUUUUUUUUUUUUUACACUGAUGCCAUCAACAAAACGGACCAGUCUUAGAACUGAUUAACCUAAAUACUGCAAAUCAAUUUGGAAAAUCUUUACUGGGUGGGAGAAAAAGGCAUUUUAUGGAUACUCAAAUAAACUUUCUUGUUCUAAGGCAUUUGAGUAGAAGAAUUUUGCAAAAAAAAAUAUUUGUUUAGAUUGCUUUAUGUUCUUUCUAACUGUGCUAUUUGCCACUCAAAAAAAUAACCACUGGGCAAACGUUCUUUAGCUGUCUUUAUCUUUUCCUGGUUUGUGUCUAUUAUUGAUGCAUUUUCAUUAUAUAUUCUAAUAUAUGUCUUUUAUAUAUUAUGUUCUAAACUCAGGACAGUGUGGGAGGAAUUUCCAUUGUUUACUUUUCUUGAAAAUUGCCCAUCGUUUAGUAUAACUGCAAGACUUGUGCGUAAAUGCUUUGAGGUCUUAAUCCAAAGCUGGUAGUGUUUUGUGUCCCUCUUAAUGGAAAGGAUUUAUAAGGUAUUUGUUAAAUUGGAACAUUCUUAAGGAAUUUGUUUAAAUGGCUGCUGAUCUGACUGCAUUAGAAGCAUUAACAUGCCACUGAUACGUAUUGAAUUAACUAAAAAGUGUCCUUCUUUGAAAGAACAUAUGUUCGAAUAACCUUCAACGUAGUUACAAAUAUUUAAUAUUCUUGAGUGAAACUCCGUAUUAUGGAAGAAAAACUUAGAAACGAGUUUAAUGCCACCUCCCAUUUUACAAUUAACCUCUAAUUUUUAAUCACCACUGAUAAAUUAGUAAGCCUUUGAAAAUAUAAAAUUUUCUUGCAGUCACGUUAGGUAAUUGGAUAUUUCAUUCUUACUUAGCACCCUUAGCAAAUGCUUCCUCCCCCCGACCCUCCCAUCUUUUUUGUUCUGUUUUUUUUUUCCCUUUGUUUCAUGUAUCUUUCCUGUAAUAGAUCAAACUGCCUGGCAUUGAAGGAAGAAGCCGUAUGAUAUACUACAAAUUUUAUAAGUGAUGGAAUUUAACCUCAGUUUAUGUCUCUUCCC